AUGCCGGAUAGACACAAGCUUAAGCUUUUUUCACAUUUCAAACAUCCAUCGCAAGACGAUUUGUCACCAUCGACGUCGAAUCAGUCACAUGGAGGACGUAAGAUUUUGGGAAUCCAUUUGGGAAAACAUGAUUCUGUUGAAUCUUUAAGUUCACCAACAUUGACCAAUUCGUCGGAACAUCAUACUAGUAAUACGGUUAAUUCAUCUCAGCCACAGAUACACACCAAUGCGUCAAAAGAUGAUCCGAACCAUAGUUUCAUGAAAGCGAACUCAAUGGUGGAAUUGAAGCGGUUUUUUAAGCCAGGGAGAAAGAAUUCAGUAUCGAAGAAAAACGAACAGAAGACCUACAAUAACCAAUUGCAUUCUCCACCGGCGAUUGCCGGAGCAAAUAAUAACACUACGAAGGAUUUAUCAUCAACGGCCCUUGCGACGUUAAUCAACCAAACUUCGACUCAUUUGCUUAACAAUGCAUCACAUGUAAGUGCUCUGAAUAAAGAUCCAUUUACUGAUGAUGAAUCUACCUUGGUUAGAAAAUAUGGUAAACUAGGUAAGGAACUUGGAAGUGGUGCUGGUGGUUCAGUUCGUCUCAUUAUCCGUCCUUCUGAUUCAAAGACAUUUGCGGUGAAGGAAUUUAGACCGCGUAGAAAUACGGAAUCUUUGAAAGAUUAUACAAGAAAAUGUACAGCAGAAUAUUGUAUUGGAUCUACAUUGAAAAACCCUAAUAUAAUUAAAACCAUUGAUAUCUUGCAUGAAAAUAAUAGAUACUUUGAAAUUAUGGAGUAUGCCCCAAUUGACUUCUUUGCUGUCGUUAUGAGUGGAAAGAUGUCUAGACAUGAGAUUAAUUGUUGUUUAAAACAGAUUUUGACAGGUGUGAGCUAUAUACAUUCAUUGGGAUUGGCCCACAGAGAUUUGAAGUUGGACAACUGUGUUUUAACAAACGAUGGCAUUUUGAAGAUCAUUGAUUUUGGUAGUGCAGUAAUAUUUAGAUAUCCUUAUGAUCAGCAUGGUAACCAGAAAGAUAGUGUUCAUCCAUGUCAUGGGAUUGUUGGUUCCGAUCCUUAUUUAGCACCUGAAGUAUUGAAGCAUUCUAACUCUUAUAAUCCGCAACCAGUGGAUUUGUGGUCUAUUGCCAUUAUAUAUUGUUGUAUGACGUUGAAGAGAUUCCCGUGGAAGAUUCCUAAUGCCGAUAAAGAUAACAGUUUCAAAUUGUACUCUAUGGAAGAUGACAAUUGGCAUGAUUACGAGUUAAGUAAUGAGUGCCAUAAGCUAUUAUUACAACAACGUAAAUUGAAGAAUAUGAUUGCAAGACUGAACAGAAAAAAGAAGGCGCUAGAAGGCGAAAACGCAGAGGAAGAUUUUGUUGAGGCGACUCAGCAGGAGAAUGAGCAAAAACCAAGCGAAGACGAUAUGAGAGACGAUACUAAAGAAGCUUCGAAUGAUGCAUCCGAAAGGAAUUUGGAUGGGAUAGAGGUUUUAACAGAAGAUAAAAUUCAAGAUAUACUCGCCCAAUUAAAGGCAAUUGAUGACAAGUUAGAGCAAUAUGAAGCUAAAAAGAAUGAAAUGAAAUUAAAAUUCAAUGAAGUUAAGCAAGAAAAACAACUUGAAUCUCGCCAAGAGUAUGACAACGGGGAGGUUCACCAGAAUACAAGUAAUUCGGAGAAGGAUAGAGAUUCCUCAUCUCAUCAUGGCAAGAAGAAACAAUCUCAUAAACAAAUUCACGGCCCUUAUAGAUUAAUGAGAUUAUUGCCUCAUGCAUCCAGACCUAUAGUACGCAAGAUGCUUCAAAUCGACCCGCAUAAAAGAGCUACGUUAGAAGAGAUUAUGGGAGACGAAUUUAUUAAGGAGAUUAAAUGUUGUACCUUAAAAAAAUUCAUCAACACUGACGAUGAUGGAGUUCCUUGUACUGAGGAAGAAGAGGAAGUUGCAGUUAAAGGCACCCCUGCUCAUGAACAUACUCUCGUAUCAGAUAAUGGUGAAGUAAUUAAUGCAUAG